CGGCAUUCUUUGUUAUAACCGCUCUUCCUAGUGCGUUUAGUGACUUACCGGCACUUGUAAUUAGGGGGAAAAAAAAAAAAAUUGUUGAAAAUCUCAAAUAUUUUAAGAAAUUCCAAAAUGGCAGACCAUGAAUCUGAACCUGAACAAUUCCGUAAGCUGUUUAUUGGUGGGUUGAACUACAAAACAUCGGAGGAAGCAUUAAAAGCCCAUUUUGAACGAUGGGGUGAGAUAGUAGAUUGUGUUGUCAUGCGAGAUCCUCAUACAAGAAAGUCACGUGGUUUUGGCUUCGUGACAUACAAGCGUGCCCAUAUGGUUGAUGAUGCUCAGGCUGCCAGACCUCACGAAAUAGAUGGAAGAGAAGUUGAACCAAAGAGGGCUGUGCCUAGAGAAGAUUCAGGAAAGCCAGAAGCUCAAAUAACAGUGAAGAAAUUGUUUGUGGGUGCUUUAAACGAAGAUGUAGAAGAGGAAGACUUGAAGGAUUAUUUUAGUCAGUAUGGAAAUAUAGUGAGUGUGAGUAUCGUCAUUGAUAAAGGCACUGGAAAAAGAAGAGGCUUUGCUUUUGUUGAAUUUGAUGAUUAUGAUCCAGUAGAUAAAGCUGUGUUGCGCAAACACACAAUCAAAGGCAAGAAAGCUGAGGUGAAAAAAGCAUUGUCCCGUCAAGAAAUGGAUAAUAUUAAACGAUCAAAGGAGAUGAGAUCAUAUGGAGGUCGUAGUGGAGGUUAUGGAGGAUAUGGUGGAGAUAGUUAUGGAUAUGGUGGUGCUAGUGCAUGGGGAAAUGGAGGUGAUUAUGGUAAUGGAUAUGGAAGUUCUGAUUAUGGCUCUGGCGGUGGAUGGGGAGGUUACUACUCAUCCGGCUAUGGUGGUGGUGGGCCUGUUCGAGGUAGUAGUGGUUAUUCACAGAGAAGUCAGGGACCUUAUGUUGGUGGUAGCAGUAGAGGGAAAAGUUCAAGCUAUUCAGGUGGUGGCAGCUAUUCCAGUGGACGAAGUGGAGGCUAUGGGGGAUACCGACGAUAAAUGAUUUUCAGUGCAGUCUUGGGGAAUUUUAAACUGUCAUAGCCAGCAUUCCCACUGUGUAAGCCAUUGCACAGUAGGUGAUAGCAGUUAGAAGAGAGGUCGUGAAAGAAUUGAAGUGUAAUAGGCAGGAGCAGGAUUUUGAGGAUACAGCUAAGUGUAGCUCAUCAGUGCCAGAGAAAGGAAUGAUUUAACUUCACCUACAUUUCAUAUUGUAUCUUUUACAUUCCACAUUUAAUCAUUCGGGUCAACUUUUCACUUUUAAAUUCCCCAAGACUGAAUCUCGAUGUAGCUUUUCAUUAUUUUCAUUGUUACAUUUUAAAACCCAUUGUAAAACAUGCAGGAAGUGGAUCUGUAUGGCAUUGCAUUGUCAGCUUAUCAUAAAUCUUUUUACUUAAAUAAAUAGGUGUGUUUAA